UGUCACUUUGGCGCCCAUUUGUAGGCCACAACCACAAGCGGCGGUGCGCCGGGUGCGGUGGCACGGUCCCCGUGCCUGUUGCGGCUUGCCAGCAGCCAGCUAGCCACCGCCGACUGACGACGUUUCCCGACCACAGCCCAAACACGAUGAGCACAGAAAUAACACGCAAUGCGAGGAUACCGAGUUAGACGGCGAGGAGGAGAAGGCAGUGGAAGCGGAAGCUUGCAAGGGAAGACAAAGCGAGCAUGAAGGCUUGAGAGCGAAGCGCACACAGAGUGCGGGUGUUCCUCGUAUCCGUUGGCUCUGGGCGGCCCCCGACCGCCGCCACGCACCCACAACAUCUGCACAAACACAUUCUCAUCCCCAUCUCCAUUCCUCGCACCUGUCCCAGCCCCCUGCGCUGCACCAAGUCGCGACGUCCGUGUCGCACCUGAUCCGCGACGAUAUGAACCCCAUGCGGGUCGACAUGCGCUCGUUCUACCUGUACGCGCCGAACGAGUUGAAGCACCGCAAGCGCACAACACGCGACCAGCUGAAGGUUCUCGAGAGCAUGUUCAAGGAGGAGAUGAAGCCGAGCGCGACGCAGCACAAGGUUCUCAGCAGGCAGCUUGGCAUGGCGCCAACGGAGGUCCAGCCUGAG